GCUUGUUAUGGUGUGUUUUAGGUUUGAAUAUGUUUUCCGCCUCAACAUCCAAAGUGUGAAGGACUGUGAUCCGACCAAAUUCAGCAAGGAAACUAAGCCCCAUUAUAUUACGCGGAGGUAUGCAGAGUUCAGCGCGGCCGUAGUGGGGAUCAGUGAAAGUUUCCCAGACGAGAGGGUGACACGACUGCUUGCGCAGCUGCUGGACGAGGUGGAAUGUUUCGUUCUGCGAAUGGCGGCAAUCUUUCCCCAACGUAAGGAGCAGCUCAUCUUCCUCAUCAACAACUACGACAUGGUCUUGUCCAUCCUUUAUUGUGAGUAGCAUAAUUAUGUAGUA